AUCGGCGAAGGAGAAGCCGCUCGCUCGGCUGAGAAGAAGAAGAAGCAGCAGCUAAAGAAGCAGGCAGAGAGCGAGAGAGAGGGCAGAGAAAGAACGCCGCCGCGCAGCAUCCAGCAGCAGCGGCAGCGCUACUAGCGGCGACGGCGGCUGCGCACAGGUACAGGUACGCACACCAGCAGCGCGAGCGUGCGUGAGCGUGGGUGUGCGUGAGAGCGAGACGGAGCUAGUCGCGGCCUACCUGACGCCGCCGCUGCCGCCAUCCGACACGCAGUAAGCCGCGCAACGUUUGGCCGCUCGCUACCUCGCUCGGCUACCUUACACACACGCUCUCCUCUCUCGCUCGCUCGCUAUACAGCCUGCCGAGCCGAGAGCAAGAGAGAGAGAGAGAGAGAGAGAGAGAGAGAGAGAGAAACCGAUCGACCAUUCCACGGCCCUUUUUCCCCCCUUUCUUUCUUUCUUUCUUUCGCGCUCGCGCGCGCGCGCCAGCAGCUACCUGCUGCAGCACUCGACGCUCGCAGCGCUUCGGUAAAACCGGAGCAGGAGCAGCAGCUACCGCGGAGCAGCAGCCCGCUCGACUCGUACAGUAUCGUGUGCCACAGUGGUGUGCAGGUGUGCAGCGUGUGCGUACCAUACUCGGCUACCGUAUAAUACGCAGUGUGCAGUGAGUACGACGGCGAGAGAGAGAGAGAGAGAGAGAGAAAGAGAGUGCCGCUGUAUGCAUCCCGAUGCUGCUAUCAGUGCUACCGUGCUAGAGAUAACGAAAGGAGCUAAGCGCAACGUCGCCGUCUUGGAAGUAGUAGUUCUAGUGCAACAAAUCGGAUCCGCAGCCUCGGCGCUAUAAAUGUGAGGCGAUCCGAGCAACAGGUCGUCCCUGGACCGCAGCCGCGUUCCAGCGCGUGCGCAGCGUGUGUGCGUGUGACUCCGUGUGUCUAUACUGUGUCUGUGAGAGGAGAGAGCGAGAGAGAGAGAGAGAGAGCAGAGAGUGUGUGGAUCGACGACGAGGAAAUCGUCGGUCCGCGACGCGAUGCCAACAACGCGGUGGUCCAGCAAAGUCUAACCGAUCUUCGGAGCAACGUCCAGUUGGCAGAGAGACAGAUCUCGCGCCAGACGGCAACAUGCCGACGGACCUCGUGGUAACGUCGGCGGUGACGUCGUACGUCAACGUGGUGACCUCGACGUCGGAGGAGACUUCAAGGACGUCAACGUCGCGCCCGGGACCAUCGUCCACGGGCUCGAGCACGUCGGCCGGUCGCGACAGUGAGAGCCGCAGCGGCUCGUCGUCGCGGGGCAGCUACGAGGGCUCGAGUUCGCUGGGGUCCUACCACCACCAUCACCAUGGCCUGGUCACUGGUCUGGGCCAUCCGCACCACCACCGGGAGUCUUCGGCCUUUGUGCCCGUGGUACCGUCGAGGCUCCACCUAGCGGCCUAUCCAGGCGACAUUCACUCGCACCUGUCGGGCCCACAGGCGCCUCCGGGCUCGUCGACCAGCGGAUCGUCCUCGGGAUCCGGGAAUCAGGAACACGAGGGUGGUCCCGAGGGCCAAGUCGUACGGAAGAGCUCGAGCAGCUACGAGAUCAUGGCCAUGAUGGCGGACAAGAGGAAAGAGUUGGCGGCAAGGGCGCUGUUGCUGCCGCCGCCGCCGAUGCUGGAACCACCGCCUGGGUAUCCGGUAUUUCCUGGACCGUUCCCAGCUGGAUCGGGACUCUACCCACCCGGAGGACCUCUGGGACACCAGCAUCUCGAUCGACGGUUGCUCAGGGCACCGGGAAGGGCCUCGAGACCGAAGAAACAGUUCAUUUGUAAAUUCUGUAACAGGCAGUUCACCAAGAGCUACAAUUUGUUGAUCCACGAGAGGACGCACACCGACGAGAGGCCCUACUCGUGCGACAUUUGCGGAAAGGCUUUCCGCAGGCAGGACCAUCUGAGAGACCACCGGUACAUCCACAGCAAGGAGAAACCGUUCAAAUGCGGCGAGUGCGGCAAGGGCUUCUGCCAAAGCCGGACCCUCGCGGUGCACAAGAUCCUCCACAUGGAGGAGUCGCCGCACAAGUGCCCGGUCUGCGCGCGCAGCUUCAACCAGCGCAGCAACCUCAAGACCCACCUGCUCACCCACACCGACCACAAGCCCUACGAGUGCAAUGCCUGCGGCAAGGUCUUCCGGCGCAACUGCGACCUGCGCAGGCACGCCCUGACCCACACGGUCGGCGACGUUCCACCCGAGGCCCUGGAGGAGGCCCUGCGCGACGACGACAGUCCCGAGGAGGACAGUCGCGACGAGGCCAGCACCAGCGCCUCCACCUCCUCCGGCCCGUCCACCUCGUCCUCUACCGGACCACCACCGGGGGCCCACUCGGGCCCCUCCAGCUCGGGCCCCUCCUCGAGCGGAGCCUCAACGUCCAGCGGCUACCCGGGUCUACCACCACCACCACGGCCGCAUCUGCACGUGCGUCGGGACCUGCUGCAGCUCAAGCCCAGCACGAUCACGAGCAGCGGCAACCUGGCCUCGCAAAACCCGCCCGGGGCCUUACCCCCACCACCGCCGCUCAUCCUCACGUCGUACAACCGCCGGAGGAUCGGCUCGCCCGGGCCCUCGCGGGUCCUGCUGGAGCUCCAGGAGCGCGAGCGGGAGCGGGAACGGGAACUCGAACGGGAGCGAAGUCGAGAGCGAGAACGCGAGAGGGAAAGGGAAAGGGAGCGGGAAAGGGAACGAGAAGAGGAGACGAAGGUGGCCAGGGCACCGACGCCGCAGCCUCCACCGGCGCCACGGCCCGCACCAGCCAGACACGGAUUCACCAUCGCCGACAUAAUGCGUCGGUAGAGCGCGCUCACGUUGAUUUUUUAUUGUCUAAAUUUUUUUAUUUUUCACAUUCACCAAUCGUGACUUAUCUCUCGAUCUCCUCGAACGACCACGACGACACGAGAUGAUCGCGUGAUGGCUUUGGGGACUCUCGAGGUUGUUUGACUUAUUAUUAUUAUUUUUUUGGUUUUUCAAAGAUUUUAUACGAAAUUUCAGAUGAGUUUUGAAAUUCAAAGUAUCCGAAUUCAUACACCGAUACUCUAAAGGUUUCUGCUCGAAAAUACGCGCGUUUCUUGCCGAACGUUGUUAUAUGCUAUACAAAUUAUUUGUAAAAUUGCGAAAGAGCUUACUAUAUAAUACGUUUUAUACAAACGAAAAUGAAAAGUUCCAAGAACAAAGUGAUGAAGAGUACUGAAUUAUAUCAAUAGUAUCCGAUGCGACGCGAUACUAUAAAGACUCCAAGUAGAUUGUAAGUGCGCGACUUUCGCUGAUUAGCACGUGCAUGUGCGAAAGCGAGACGUUUAUUUUUUAUGUAACUUUGUACGCAGGAGAUGAUACAUCGCCCGGUGCAAUCGUACGACUUGUUGCGAGUGAUAUUUACCGAGAAUAAUAACGAAAAGUAGAAAGAGAGAGCAGAAGGGUUAUUGUUAACGUUUCCGAAUGUUCGUUAUAAUGUGAGAGAGAGAGAGAGAGAGAGAGAGAGAGAGAGAGCACACGUGAAAAUGAGGCGACUUACACACAGAGAAUAUAAAAUUAUUAUACUGAUCAUAUUUAUAGAUAUCUGCGCGUGUGGAUUAAUGAAGAGAAGAGUAUUUUUACUGUCUAAAUAUUAUAGUAUACCGAUAUGGAUCUUCACUCCCGCGACAAUUGUAAAUAGAACUCUUGUACUUUGUUAUGUAACUGCAGCGCGUACAUAAGAUGUAACCGUAUGCAGUUCGUCAAAAUCGAGAGAAUCGACGCAUCAAUUUUUUCGAUACAUAAUGUUAAAAUUUUAUCUACAUCAUCCCUGACGCUGCAACGAUGCCGCAAUUUCUCGAAAUCACAACAAGCCACUCAAACUGUUAAAAAAACUCGAGUAUUGACACACGUGCGCCGCCGGUCUCUUUUUACCCUUCUCCUUGCGGCUUUCAUCAAAUAUUAGCCGGCACGACGUACACAAAAGCGAAGAGAAAAAAAAAGUGGAAAACGAAACAGGUUCAAAGAGCGCACGAUAUUCGGCAUCGCGGAAAUUACGGCAUCGUCGCUCGUCCAAACACAUCGUAUAUAUUCAUAGACACGAAAAGCCGGACGAGCAGGUACGGGAAAAGGAUCUCCCAUCGUCUUGGGAGAAAACUGUGAGAGUUUUCUCCCCGUGGGUGUACACACACACACGUGGAGACGAGUCGGCGGCAGCAGGGUCCGAGGCAAAGAAAAUGCAAACAUACGUAGUUCUCUCUCUCACUCUCGUGAAGAGCCAUCGAGGCUCUCGCGCGCGGUUUGCAUAGGACACUUCGAGAGCUGACCGGCUUUGUUUGCGGGUGUCUUUAACGCAGGUGCUUUUUAUUUUACCGUAUGAGCGAAGGAUGUAUGCGAGUGUGACUUGGGAAGAGAAGCUACUUCGCGAGUGUGUAGGAAACUGCUGCGUAGUUCCGAGAACGGUUUCGAAGUGGUGCUUUCGAUUUUUCCUACUUCGAGAAACGAAAAAUUCAGAACGAAAUUCAUCGCGUACGCGAGUACCAGUACGGUUGGUUAUACACUCGGAGGAGCUUCGGUUAUUCCGUCGUGUCGUAAAGCAGCCACUUCGAGCGUUCCUCGAGAGAUGACUUGAAAAAGUAGAGGAGAGAGGAGGAAGAGGAGGAGGAGGAACGCCGCGGAGCUGGUCGAGCAAGACGCGCGCGCGAGUAAGAGAGAGAGAGAGAGAGAGAGAGAGAGAGAGAGAGAGAGCGUCUUCCAUUAAUGGCACACAAAUACGCCGCUCGCCGAGCAGCAUAAAGGGGAAUGCAAAUUUCGUCGGUCACUCUCGGGGGAGCUGCCACCGGUCGUCUUCCACUCUCUUUCUCUCUGUGCCACCGUAAAAACCGUUUUCAGUGGCAGGUGCAGUGUGUAUGUAUAUACGACGCUACUUUUAUCGCACCGCGCUCGCGCCUAUACCUGAGCGCACGGAACACCUCAAAAAAUAUGACGAGACCCUCUCUUCACGCUGCAGCCGUGGCAAGGGCAGCUUCUUCUUCUUUUUCUCGUCUCUCUCCUCUCCCUUUUUUCUGUCUCGCUACUAUAGAACCAUUAAGGGACUGCCUUUGUGUACGUCUUGGACGCGGUUGUGUAUGUGCGAGGAAAAACUUUGGCUUUUACUUCGUGCCGUAUACAGAAUAGGAAUUUCGGGAGGAUGCUUCUUCUUCUUUUUCUCCUCGUCUAUUCUUCUCGUGAUGGGAGACAUAAUUUUUUUCUUUCAACGACGCCCGUACACAUACUCGAUUCCGAGCUGCUCGUGUCUAUAAUGUGUGAAACAGGUGCGCGAUGACGAACCGAAAGAGGCGCGAUGAGAAAGAAUGUAUUUCUUUAUUUUUAUUGAAUAGGAAAAAACAAGCGAUUUGCGAGCGUCGUUUCUGGGAAACGGGAGUGAACCGUCCGAGAUCAAGUACAUGUUACGUGUAUAUGAAACAUCUUGUGAUAUAUGUAAUGUUUUUGUUUGCCUUCGAAGCUAUAUAUUUGAGAAAUGAAAAUUGAGGUCUUCCAUUAUAUGAUUGUUUAUUAUUAUUUUUUUGUAUUUGUAUAAAUUGAAAGAGAAAAAAAGGUAUAUUCGAUUGAGAAAUCGUGCAUCAUCGCAUAAUCUUGAGUGAAAAGAUGAAGCUAAAGCUUCGCGUUCAACAUAUUUUAUUAUUUUUAUUAUAGAAUACUUUAUCAACUACGAUAAGCAAUAAUGCGAGGGUACAAAAAGAGAAUGUAGCGUGAGUACUCACUGCAACAGAAGCGAAUGACAGAGUUAUAUCUGCGAGAUAUUAAUGUACUAUAGCGACAUAUAUUCAAUGUACAAUUGACUACUACGUACAACAGCUUCACGUCAUCUAACGAUGCGUGGGGCUAUAGCUUUCCUGUUGUUACUUCUACUGUUAGAUAUAAAAAUGCGCAUCUAUGUAAGCGUAUAAUUAUAUAUUUUUUAAUGUUUAAGAAACGAUGUCGAUAUAAGAAAAUUUGUAAAUUAUAAUAAGAUCAAAAAGUGUAAAAGAAAUAAAAUGGCUUUCCAUUAA